UAGCAGUUCGUUCCUAUCGAUUACAUUCCCAUUCCGAGGAGGCUAGUCGCCAGGGGCCGUAUCCUUGUGUUUUUCAUUUGUUAUGUUCAAGAUCACUUCUUUUGUUGUGCUUUUCAUGCAAAAAUUUGGAGGAAACUCUUGGUACUGGUAGCCACUGAUAAACGGCUGAGCAGCAGCGGCGUCCAAGUGGCCGUGGCCCAUAGCCAUAAAUUGAAAUCCGCAUAGCUCUGCCUCUGACGACAAAAGCUUUGAGGAAUUAGAAUGUGCAACUGCGUCCCCUGGUGCCCCAGCCCCCUGCCCUUUUCCGUUUCCAUCAUCAGACUUGGAAAUACCACGAUCAAUAACUUACAGAUUCCAGGUGCCCAUUUCCCAAUUAUCAGAAGUAAUGGCAGAUUACAGCUUAUUGAAUGCAGUAUGAAAGCCACUCCAUCUUCAAGGUCUGGCUCAGAAUCGGAGGGAGGGGGAUAUGGCGAGUUGGAGUUUGAAGACAAAGGGGACAACGAAUUGGAGCUCCGACGACGUCGCAGCGAUGCUAGCUUGGAGAGAAUUAGUGCCGACGAAUUGAAGGGCGAGAAGGGGAGUGGAAAAAGCGCGGAUGAAUUGGUUAAAAUGGAAAGCAGGAGGAGGCGAGUGAUGAAGAGGUCAAAUCUGGUGGCAAAGCAAGUCAUAAGUAUCCAAUCUGCUGAGAGCUUAGGCUUCGUGUCUCAAUUAUGGGUGGAUACCACUUCAUGGCUGGUGUUGGUUGUGGAGGUGAGGCCAAGCUUGCUUGCUGGGGAAUCAGAAAGGUUUCUUCUGCAAGAUGUUGAAAAGGUUGGUGAUGUUGUGCUUGUUGGAGAUGAGAGUGUGAUGGAGAAUGAUUUUAAAAUGAUUAGACUUGAGACUCUGGUAGGAUACAGAGUUGUAACACCAGGACAUCAAAAUAUUGGGAAGGUGCGGGGCUAUAGUUUCAACAUUAAUUCAGGGGCUGUUGUAUCUCUUGAGCUGGAUUCUUUUGGGAUAUCCAUCAUUCCAUCGAGUUUGGUGAGCACUUAUGCUUUGCUUAUUGAGGAUGUGCUGGAAGUUAUAGCUGACACAGUAGUUGUUCACGAAGCCGCAGCCUCACGCAUACAGAGGCUGACAAAGGGUUUCUGGGAUGCUCAGAGUGCUGGUAUUUCCUUAAAUGAGCACACAGAAUAUGAUGAUGAUGAAAGGCCUAUUAAUCUUGGUGAUGGUUGGAGAACUCGGAGAGGUUUCAGUGGGCAGAAGUCGCGUUCAAAGAAGAGGGAAGCAGAUGAUGAUUGGGAACUUCCAAUGGACUACUUGUGAAUUGGUUUUAGGUCUCCAUGCUUGAUCAUUUUCUCCCUUUCUUUUGUAUGCAGUUAUAUGAAAGAAAUUGGUAGUAAUCCGUACAGCAUAAAUCCCCUCAUCCCUCUUUAUUUUUCUUUCUUCAAAUUUUACAUGAUCAAGGUGUAAAUUAUGUGAAUGGAAGUUACUGGCUAAUUGAAAUUUGAAGCCACCCUUUGGUGUUUAUUAUCA